AUAUCUUUAAAAAUGUAUUAACAAUGGGGAGUAGGACACAAGCAGUUUAUCCUUCAAAACUGCUUCGCCAGAAUGGACCAAGGUUGACCCCUGCUGAUAGAAGAUACUGGGAGGAAGUGAGGGAUGAAAAUUUGAGAUUAUUUCAUACAAUUCAGGUGAACAGUGGAGCCAAGCCUCAUCAUGCAGACAGAGGAAAUUCCGUCUCCUUCGCACCGGAAGUAAAGCCCUUAUUACGAAGUCAAACUCCGUCGGAGAAAAAAUACUGGAGAGGGGUUGAGACAGAAAACCUUCGACUUCUAAAUAGAAUACUCAAAAUACAGGGGUACGCUAAACGAAGUCGAUCUGUUUCUACACCACCUUCAUAUCCCUACCCUAAACCUAGAACUCAGUAUCCUAGUGAGCUUGAAUACUGGUCUAAAGUUAGAAGAGAAAAUAUUCGUCUUCUCAAUACUAUUUUGGAUAUCAAGACCCGACCUCCGAGUAGAGGUCGAUCUCUCACUCGACCUCCCAGACCAGAUCUUAGAGGAUUUAACCCGGGAAAACCUCAAGGAAAGUUGAAAGGAAUAUUGAAAUCAAAAGAUUCUCAAUAUCAGAGCUCUCUUGGAGUCCGGGAAUGUUAUGAUUGAGCCUAAAGAGAUUAAUAUUCAGAGCGAGAAGGACAGUCUAAUGUUUGGUUGCAAAGAUGGAAGACCACCACCUUGGAAAUAGAAUAAUUUUCUUAAAUUUAAUCAAUAUUAUGACAAAAUUAUAGCUCUGAUUUUUGCAUUGUAAACCUGCUACAUUACAUCCCUGGUUCCAGGAUUGUAAUUAUCAGGGAUUUAAUGGUGUAAAAAGUUCUAAAGAAAUGUUAGUAAAUAAAUAGUUUUUACCUAAUAAAAAAAUAAAAU